AUGAGCCGCGCCGAGCGUUUCGAGGACGAGAAGCGACGCAUCAUCGAGAGCUGCUUCAGCAAGAGGGACGACGAUGGCUCAGUUCUCGAGACCUACAUAACACACCUGCGGAUACUAGAAUUCUCGCAAUACCCAACCAGUCCUCCUCCCCCUCAGGCGAGAACGCCCCAGUCAGAAAAGCCGCGUGUCAUCAUCGUCGCUGUUCGAAAGUCCGGCCGGGUCCGAGUACACAAGACGAAAGAGAAUGUCAACGGCUCCUUUUCAAUCGGCAAAACCUGGAAUCUUGAUGAUCUGGCCGCGAUAGAAUCAUACACCGGCCCUAAUACCCCUCCCGACUUCCGACAAUGGGCUGGAGACAACGGCUUUCUUGUCACACUGGGCAAGCCGUAUUACUGGGAGGCACAGACUGACAAGGAGAAGAAGUUCUUCAUUGCCAGUCUGAUCAAGAUCUACGGCAAGUACACCGGCGGUCGGGUGCCCUCCUUGUCCAAUUUCGACCAGCGCGAGCUCGAUCAAGUCCUCGGCGGAGCCGCCAGACGGGGCGCAGCCAGCCAACAGACUCCCAAUCAACCCAGUCCCUCCCCGGCCCGGCCGUCCGCAUCUCCGGGCAGACCGCAGCCGCCGCCCUCGCCCGCUCGCCCGCUGCUCCCGUCCGCCUCCAACCAGGCGCUAAGCUCGCAGUCCAAUGGACUUGAUGGCGCCGCCGGCUCAGACUACACGCGAACACCCUCACGAAGUCCCAUGCCCCCUAAUGGCAACUCGUCGCCGGCCUCGAGUCUUGCCCCUAGUGUCGAUUCGAACCGAAACCUACGAAGCCAGGAAGCCCCCCUGAGGCAGAGGCUGGCCACCGGCAACAAGAGCCAGGACUCGGUUGCCAACUCGUAUAGGAGCGGCGAUGAAAGUCUACGGCCGAGGUCGCGAGGGAGACCGAAUGGCGCCCCGCCAUUCAACAAGACACCAGAUCUCCCUCCGCCUGCCCUAGCUCCCGCCUUCUCCCCGAAUCCCAACCAGAGGCCUACAGGAGACAGGCCUAUGGGAGGCCGGCCCUCGGGAGAAAGGGAAAGGACCCCUAUAGCAGGCCGGCCAUCGGGAGAAAGGGAAAGAACCCCAGGAGACAGGCCUGCGGGAGACAGGCCACCAGAGAGAAAACGCCCGCCUAUGGACCCGUUGAGGCCCACCGGUCUUCCACCAGAUGAUGCAUUGGUGCCGGCUCCUUUAAGCAAUGCGAAUCUGCGCCGCGUACCAUCUCGAGAUGUUAUCGAGCCUAGCUCGCCGGUGGUACCGCCACCCAGGAGCAUUGAGCGCAUGUCUCCGAGGAGACCGUCAGGCCGGCCACAACGUACAGAGCCUCCUUCGGCGAUAGACCAGAUCGCCGCUGAACCUGUCGAACCUCCGGCACCACCUCAACCUACCGAACCUCUUCCUCCACUUGACACUGCACCUCCGCCCCUAUCCGUAUCUACAAACGAGGGGAACAAUGACAGCCCGACAGUGCCAGCUUCCGCUUCUACACCGGCUGAGAGCCCAAUAAUUUCUCCAGUCUCACCCGAGGAGCACCGUCCUGGUCUAGGCCCGAUGAUCAAAGCGAAGAGGUCGCAGAACAAAUUAGCAGGAGCUUUGUGGAAAGCAGCGGCAGCGUCUAACGCGUUCAAACCUCGGGCUGGAGGAGCAGGCGAGAAACUGCUGAAGGCUGCUAAGGAGGAACAGGAUAACGGUCCAGAUGGAAUCACGGCGGUCGUUCCCGCACCGCCUCGACCAAAGUCCAUUGAGAAGAAGCCGGAGCCGGUACCUGAGGUCACGGUCUCGCAAGCAGAGCCCGCACCACCGGAGACUGCGAAGGUCCAGAAGCCUGAGCCGAAACACGAGCCUAAGAAAAUCCCAGAGCCUGAGGUCAAAGACGAGCGCAAGAAGUCUGCUGUGAUUGGCAAUGACCUCAAGUAUCUCACGACGCUUGGUGUUGACCCAUCUAUAUUGGAUAACAAGACAGCUCAGUUCACGGAGUGGCUCGAUUUCUUCUCCUGGGUACCAGGGGACAAGAUGCGGACACUGAAUUCUGAUGAAAUGAAGUUCGACAUAGAAAGAGAACUGAACAAGGCACAAGCUGGGGGCUGGCUGGCUCGAUUCCAGGAGGAGGACGAACGUGUUGAUGCUAUCAAAACCGGCAUUGACGCAGCAGUCGACGAAUGCGACGAACUGGACAAUCUCCUGACUUUGUAUACCGUCGAACUCUCUACCCUCCAAGAUGACAUUGCAUAUAUCGAGGCUCAAGGCCAAGGUCUGCAGGUCCAGGCAGCGAAUCAAAAGCUACUCAAGAAGGAGUUGGAGUCGCUUUUGGAAACUUGUGCGAUCACUGCAAAUGACCUGCAGGCCUUAUCAAUGGCCCCUCUCGAAACUGUUAACGGUGUUGAAGAAGUCGAAACGGCACUCGUCACCCUGUACAAGGCCAUGAUCAAAAUUGACCCGAGCAUGGGCAGUGCUGACGAUGAAUCCAAGACCGGAGACGGCAGUAGCGACCAAGCUAUUGACUUCAACGGCGACUAUGCGAAGAUGCGAGUCGUGCAGGAAAAAAGACAGAUGUACAUGCAAGAAAGCGCCAUGUUCAUGCAGCGGCUCGUGGACUUCAUGGCCAAACAGUUUAAUGUUGCAAACGAUGAGGUCCGGAGGGCUCUCAAGGGCGCAUUGAACAAGAAGAUCGACCCUCACAACCACGAUAUUGGACGAGACAUGCUCUGGAAAUACGACCCGCUUAUGCUCUAUACCAGGGAUGCGGAUCUCGAAGUUUGGAAUCGGUUGAUACAGAUCUACCAGGACGCGGCUCACCCAACGUACAAGAUGGAGUUCCGUGAUGGUUUGGAUUCGUGGAAGAGGAACGCCAGAAAGCCAACUGGGGAGGAGGCGCUCUUGUUUUCUUCUCAGGAGGAGAAGAAGGAAGAGGGUCUUGCUACAGCAGCCCGAAAGCUCACAGUAAAGAGGAGCCAGACGCUCGCUAGGAUCCGCUCACCUCUUGGGGAAGGCCCCAACAAAUCCGCGAACAGCAGCGCCGUCGACUUAUCACGAAGCUCGCCAUAUGAGAUAUUCGCAAAUGUGCUGGACGAUGUCCUGCCAUUGGUAGAGAUGGAGCAGAAUUUCGUCAUCGACUUCUUCCAUGCCACCACCCUCGAGCAGAUCGACUUCCCAGACGCCGUUGCCUCCAUCAGUCCUGGGGCUCGCAGGGGUAAUGAUCUUAAGAGACACAGACUCAUGGAGCCGGAUCGAGAUCUAGCGCGACGAGUGACACGAUCGAUGGAAGUGAUUUUCCCGUUCCUCGAGAAAGAUCUGAGCAACAUGGUUGACUGGGUCCUGGUACAGAGUCCACUGCAAGGUGUUGGGGUCAUGGCAAACCUGGAGCGCAAGCUCGCAGAUAUCCAGCAGUCCAACCAAGACUUUCUGAACAGUGCCUUGCAAAAGGUCCACGGCAACCUACUUGUCAAAUUCAAGAGGUUUGUCGAGGAGCAAAUACGGGCUAUCGAGGACACCAAGGUCAAGAUCAACAAGCGAAAAGGCGUCAUUUCCUUCAUGAAAGUGUUCCCGCCUUUCAGCAUGGCCGUGGAAAACAUGCUCCUCGGGAUCGACCCCAAUCUCAAUGUCCGCCGGACCGUCGACCGCGAAUAUGACCGCAUCUUAAGGUCUAUGUUCGAGUCGCUCAAGGUCAUCGCACGCGAGAACCCAGCAGUGGGCGUGACAGCAGCAGGUGCAGGGGCUGACCCGGAGGACAAGGAGGCGCUUAACUACCACAUUUUGCUUAUCGAGAACAUGAACCAUUACAUCGAAGAGGUGGAGACACGGGACGACGAAACACUCGAGAAAUGGAAACGUGCGGCCUCGGACGAGAUAAACGAGCAUAUGACGCGGUACCUCGACGCAGUCAUGCGUCGGCCCCUUGGCAAGCUCCUAGACACACUCGAAAACAUUGAGGGCCAGCUCAAGUCGGGCAAGGCCCCCGCCGCCAUUGCUGCCCAGCCUUCCAACAGCAAGGCGACGUUUGACAAGGUGCUGCUGCAUUACGAUGCCAAAGAAGUGAGGAAGGGCAUCGAGUCACUGAGGAAGCGGGUUGAGAAACACUUUGACGAGAACAACAGCCUGGCUUUGAAGGUGACGAAGUCGUGCGAAUCGUACUAUAACGAGGUGGAACAGAGGAUUGCGAGGGUCGUGUCCGAGCUGUAUGGCGGGGAAGUGCUUGUUGAGUGGCCGAGACUGGAGGUGAAGAGCGGGUUCCGGUGA